UCCGUGCCACCUGUCCCCGGACCGUGGGCACUUUCCGCGCCGGCAACACGUGUGCAGUCGACAUCCUUCCGUCGCGCCGGUCGCUCCGAGGAUCGUGUGGCCCCCCAGUGUCCGUCCGUUCCGUUUGUCCUUUCGGCCGUUGCCGGCAGCAGCGACGAUUUCGCUCGCCGCGGCAAGGCAAUCGAUCUCGCCCGCCGAUUCGAUCGAUCGUUCUACAGUGGUGGUGUGCACAGUUACAGCAUUUACACAUCGCGCUACUAUGCGUAUUCGACGCGAUACCAUGUAUAUAUUCGUGUAUUCCGAUUGUCCGUCGUCUCCGACAUAGAAACGUGCUCUUUUUGGUUAUGUACAAUUUCCUUCUUCUCGAACAUGCCAGGACGAGAAACAGAUCGUCCGCGGUGCAGCGGACGAUCAUAACCUCGCGGUAACUUUCACAUUCUUACGUUCGAACGAAAAAAGCCGAUGAAAAAUGAAGCUACGUGUAGAUAAACAACGAUGCUGAUCUGUAUACAUCCGUGUCGGGGACAAGAGACAGAGAAUAAUAAAGAAUACACUAAUAGAACGUAUCGUCGAGAGUGUUUGUUCAAAUAUCGCUAAAUGCGAUACGUUGACUCUAUAAUCGUUCGCAUUGUUCGAUGGACAUCCGUGAGAAGAUUCUGGCAAAUAUUUGUGGUCGCGGAGAAUAUAAUGAGGAUCGUCGGACGUCAUUCGAGUAAAGUUUGUAACAAUGUUUAAAUAGAUCAUGGACAACGCUCUGAUCCCGAAAAGCGUGAAUCGGCGAGCAAUGGUGAACCAACUGUGGGACUAUAACGUGGUCAGGAAAUGGUUCCACCGGAAGAAAGAGCCGCCGCACGCUCGUGCGUUCACCGAGCCGGUCUGCCAGAGGGACGUGGCAACGUGGUACGUGGUCUACCGCGGCCUGAUGUUCGCCAGCUGGCUGACCAUCAUCGUCUGCUCGUUCUUCGAGAUCGGCAGCUGGGAACCGUUGCGCGCCUACGACAAGUGGGCGAUCUACCUUACCAACUGGGACAUAGUGCUCGGUGUCUCGCAGGCGUUCAUCGGGCUGUUGUUGACGGCGCGUAGAUGGAAGCUCCAGAAGACGGCCGACUUCGAUCCUCAGGGCCUGACGCUCGGGUCCGUCGAGAGGAUAUACUGGUUCCUGUUCGUGGUCACGAUGAACACGGCGAUCUGCGUGACGGUGACGUAUUGGGCCGGCGUUUACAAUCCGAAGAGCAACAAUUUGGACCCGCUGAACAUAAUGCAGCACAUCUGCAACAGCAUCUUGAUACUGAUCGACUUCUGCGUGACCAGUAUACCGUUUAGGCUAAGAAACGUUUGGUGGUGUUUGAUGAUAGUGCUAAGCUACGUAAUGUUCUCGCUAAUUUAUUACCUGGCCGGCGGCUUGGACAGAUUCGGCAACCAUUGUAUCUACAAAAUACUCGACUGGAAGAAGCCGCUGCACACCACGAUGUUCUGCAUAGGCGAGGCGAUCGUCGUCACCGUGUUACACUCGUUGCUGUGCUUUCUGGAAAGAGUCAAGUAUCGGGUCUACGCCAAAUGGUUCGACAUGUCGCAUAUCUUUCACGCGCAGAAAGAGGCCGACAUUGUGUGAUGUCGGUCCGCGUAUGUCUGCUGCGAGGACUACAGGGGACGACGCGACGUUUCCCGAUGAAAAUGUGUUUUUAAAAGAAAAAGUCCAUAACUCGGAGUAUUAUUAUAGAGUAUUUUCCUUUGUCUUAUAGUGUGUCGAUUUUUUGUUCGAGGGGGAGCGUGAUCACACUGGGAUCACCCUUUCGCAUCGGUUUCGUUUAAUUGUUGUAAGAGAGCGCGGUCGAAAUUGUAACUGAGGCGCGACGCGGACGAAUCCAUGGCGGCUGCGCCGGCGGCGCGCAUGCGCGACCAACGGCCCGUUCGAAUUUGAACGUCGCGGCGCGCGUAAGCUUUAGCUCCCGAGACUAAAACGCGACGCGGAGGAUACGCGCGAAUCGAAGAGAGCGCGGUUCUAGAUAAUAAUAAUGUGGGAAGGCACACUGCGGUUCAUAGUUCCAUUAGCGUAAAGCUGUUUAGUGAAAACGAUGUCAAAGAUUUGUUUGUAAACGAAGAAAAGUAAUGCAUUGAAACUGUUUUCAUCAACGUACGCUGGUGGUAUUUAUACGCUGGUUUACAGGUUGGUGAUGGUGUUGGUGUGUGUUUGUGUGUGUGUGAAAGCAUUCCAUUUCAGUCCAUUAUCUUUUUUUUUCUACUCAUCGCAUUUUAUAUCAAUGUUAUAAAAACAAUUGAAGAAAAACCAACUCCUCUGUUUAACAAUAAGUCCCGUUGCGCGACGACGUAAUACAAAUGGAAGAAAAAUAACUAAAACUCGUGGUUAAGCGGAUGGUACAGCGUGUAAAAACUAUUUACAAAAUGCACGAAGAAUUAUUCCUUUUUUCUUUUGUUCUCUCCUCUGUAAUAAUGUAUCGUGUUUACUGUAUAUAUACGUAUACAAAGAGGUUACGGGAGUACUAUAUACAGUAGAAUGACAAGUGGACAAAACAUUCUGGAAAAAUAGCAACGAUUUAUUAAUAAAAUAACGAUUUGAAGCAAUUA